CUCAGUCAGGAGGAUAGUAGGGAGCCUCUUAGCGCAGCAGCUUCAGAUGGAGCACACGAGGUUAACAAUGACACCAGACCCAGCUGCUGGAUAGCUCGCUGUCAGAAAAUGUCACGGCGUGGAAUGGAGCAAAGGUCAACGUUUUCUCUUACAUGGGAAUGGCAGCAUGUAGCAUUUUAACCACUUUGUCACCACCCUGUUAAAUGUUUCAUUUGCACCAUUUUGUUAUUCUCUUGCACGCAGACAGUUUGGUUUUCAGCAUUUGUUUCCUAAUUUGAAGUAGGAAGAUUUUCAACGUCAAAACAAAUUCCCACAUGGUGAUUUGACACAGCAGAAAAAGUUUCACAGAGCGGCCCAGCUGACACAAUGGUCGCAAAUGACACGGCAGGAAGUGGGGACAGAUCUGAAGGGGAGAAAGAGAUGGACGUGAAGGCGCUCGCAUCUGAAGACGGCGGCGUGCAUGAAGAUGGAGACAUAGAGAUGGCUGUGUCUGCCUCUGAGGGCCCGUCUCCUUCUGAGGAUCCCUCAGAUGAAGCCAAGAAUCCCAGAAAGUGGAAGUGGGCGGUCAUAUUUUUGUGUUUCUACGGCUUCAUGUCAUCGAUAAAGCCCGGGGAGCCCUUCAUUACACCGUAUCUGCUCAGCACCGAGAAGAACUUCACCAGGAAACAGGUGACCAAUGAGAUCACUCCUGUGUUGACGUACUCCUACAUGGCCGUGCUGGUUCCGGCCUUCCUGCUGACAGAUCUUUUGCGCUACAAGCCGGUCCUGAUCAUCCAGGGCGUCAGCCAGGUGGUCAUCUGGCUCAUCCUGCUGCUGGGCACCACCCUCCUCGAGAUGCAGUUCAUGGAGUUUUUCUACGGCAUCACCAUGGCGUGCCGCGUGGCCUACUCCUCCUACAUCUUCUCCCUGGUCACCCCAUCCCUCUACCAACGCGUGGCCGGAUACUCACGCUCCUCAGUCCUCCUGGGGGUGUUCACCAGCUCGGUUCUGGGCCAGCUUUGCAUUUCCUGGAUCAAAGUCAGCUUCUACACCCUCUGCGCGAUAUCUUUGGGUUUCGUCAGCUUUGGUUUGACUCUGGCGCUGUGCCUCCCUUGGCCGAAACGCUCCUUAUUUUUCAACCGGACGCGGAAUCAGGAGCAAAAAGACGUGGCAGCAGCAGCCACCAAAGCAGAACUGGACCAAAUAAACCCGAAAGAGGACGCCUCGUCCCCGGCAGCGCCCUGGUGCUCUUCAUCACGCUGGAGAAACUCUAUCUUUGUGCAGAUGCUGCUGGAGGUGGGGAAUGUAGUGAGGAGGCCCAACCUGAGGCUCUGGUCCCUGUGGUGGGUGUUCAACUCCACAGGGUACUACCUGGUGCUGUUCUACGUGCACAUCCUGUGGAACAAAGUCUACCCGGCAACUGAGAGCAAGAACGUUUACAACGGGGCGGUGGAGGCUGCUUCUACCCUGCUGAGUGCGCUGACUGCCUUCAGUGCUGGCUAUGUGAAAAUCCGUUGGAACGUCUGGUCUGAGCUGGUCAUCGGGUUCAUCACAGCACUGCAGGCAGGUCUGCUGCUCCUCAUGGGCACCACAGACAACAUUUGGGUGUGCUACAUAGCCUACGUCCUCUUCAGAGGCUUCUACCAGUUUCUGGUGCCUAUUGCCACUUUCCAGAUAGCCUCGUCACUCACCAAGGAGCUCUGUGCCUUAGUGUUUGGCAUCAACACCUUUUUGGGGACCAUCCUGAAGAGCAUCAUAAACCUGAUAUUUUCUGAUAAGAGAGGCCUGGCGCUGGAUGUGCACUCGCAGUUCCUGGUGUACUUUAUUUACUUCACCAUUCUGACUGUCGUCUACUUUAUCUGUGCGGCUGUGGUCCUCAUCCGUCACUUUAGAAACCAGCCCAGAGGAGGAGGCGGGGCCGACGAGCAGACGGCGCCCACAGAGCUCAGCCCUGUGGCGGCAAAUUCGGAGGCAGAACCUUUGUCGAACGGCAAAAGUGCCAAAGCAUAAUAACAAGAAACAUGCCUCGCCUUAAAAGUGUUUGCUGCCAGUAUCUUAUCCACAGCUCAGUUUUUGCUAAAAGCUCUUCGGCGGGAACCGUCAUUUUAACCCACCGAUGGCGACUGAGUGGUUUCAGUGUUAGCUGCUGAGCUUCAGUCAUAGAAGUGCCUCUUCUGCUGCCGAAAGCUCUGGCACGACACCAGUCUGACGGGUGGCUGGUGUCCGACAGCUUACGAGAGUUUUCUAUUAAAUUUUGAUCAUCAGAGUUGCAGCAACAGAAAGAUUUUUCUUUUUUUUUAUUUAAUACAAGGCACUAAGUGGUACUGUGCUUGUAUACUGAGACAAAUCAUUUUAAAGGGAUAGUUGGGAUUUUUUUAUGUGGGGUUAUACGAGCUAUUUAUCUAUCGUCAGUGUGUUACAUGCAGCAGAUGGCGUCAGCACAGCCCCAGUUUGGAGAAGCAGGCCGGAGGACACAGAAGCUAAGCGAUGUAAUGUUGUGGAUAGAGGCAGCGACAAAAAUGUAUUUUAGCCUUGAAAACAAUUUCAGUGUAAACGUGUGCCAUAUUUUGAGUAUUUGAACGGCUUUAUAUUGCCGUUAAACAGCCCCUUCUGAGAGGAAACUAUAGUCAUCAUAUUGCUAUCUAAUAACCUCCAGACCCCACUGAGAAAAACAGUAAUUUAAGCUCGCAGAACAAGACAGCUGCAAAACUACAGCUGCCUCAAUCUGUUCGUUAGUUUGUAUUAUGGUGUGACUUUGGUGAAUCCAAAUUAAUUCUUAAAAACACUGAAGUCACACAUUAGCACAAAAACCUAACCAAUCAAGGCAGCCUUAGACCAGCAGCUCCUGUGUUCUGCAGGCUUAUAUUACUAUUUUUCUCCAUGGAGUCUGGUGGCUUUAACAAGAUCCUUUUUUUUUAAAGUUGCAUUUUCAUUGUAUAAAGUACCAUUUUUUGUCACCCCUCUGCUUACAGUACCUUAGCAUAAGUUCCCAAUACAACCUCACUUUUUAAAAAAGAAAUAAAUCCCAAACUAUCCCUUUAAUCUCAUGGAAAGGGACCAUUAAUGUAAUGGCCAGAGUUUAUUUUUUUUGUUGUAACGUGCUGAACUGUCUCAGUGACAGUGAUGCACCCUUCAAACAAAGCUCAUCGAUUACUGUGUGAUCACUGAGGAUUUAAAAAUUUUCAGGAUUGACAGACAUUUUUAUAUUUUUCGGUCACACUCCUAUUGUUAUGUUACACUACAAUUAUUAUCUUUUUGUGCCAUUUGAAUUGAAUUGAACCAAAUCAGUAUAAUUGCUUUUUAAAAAAAAUACCGUUCUCCUUUCUGUAUUGAUAAUCAAAUUCACAUCACGUUGUUAUAAUCAGAUUAUGAAGGUUGUCAGAUCAUAUCAGUUUACUUGAAGCUGCAAACUGCGAAUUUUUGCAGUUAUACAAUGUGAUUUUAAUUUUUUUUUACGAUGUUAUAGUUGCUGUAAUUCUCUUAAACUCGCUCUUUUUGAUUUAGUA